AUGUCACAGACAUCAGGUGCGCUGAAUUGUACGGCCACCUUGUGUACGGCUGCACACGCGAUGCCGUGGAAAAAAAUCUGUGUGUGUGCGCGCCUGCGUGUGCAGCUACUCUGCCUGGCUUCGAUGCGUUUCUGUCGUUCAAUGCAGCAUCACCUGAAAAGACUCAGCAGGUGACAGCAGACAGGAAGGCAGACAGACAGGCGGAGAAGGCCACGCUUUCGGUGAGGCUGUGUGUGUAUCCGUCUACAUCAGCUCGAAGCGGCAGCAUCGGCUCUGCGCCAGAUUCUUGAGGUGCAGGGUUUCGAUAUCGGUGGCGCAGGUUUUCAGAAGGAGCGCUCCAAGCCAGCAAGCGCGGAGCUCAUUUGCCGCACUCUCUCCCGUACCUUGGUAUCAGCAGACGGCAUCAGUUGUUUGUGCGGUGAUGGCGCUGAUCCAAACACGGCAGUGGCGCUGAGUGCCGGCGGAGAUGAGACGGACCACCUGAGGUGGACCGAUGUCCUUUCGCUGGCCAUUGACGAUGAGACCGACGGCAACCCCGGCGUGUGGCAGUUGGAGCCAUCUGGCAAGCAGCUCAACCUCCCUCGGUGGCCCUCCCGCAAACUGCAGGCGGCCGUCCUUGAGGCACUCAUCGCGGCCGGAGCCGAUGCGAAUGGCGGCCAUGCCGAUGACAAGAGAACACCGAUCGCAACGGCCGUCUGUGCAGCCAACACGACGGCUGUCGAGACCCUGCUCAAGAAUGGCGCUGAGCUGCAGGGGCAGGAGCUCUUGAUCCUCCGUCCAACUGUAAUUCCAUCGCCCUCGAGCCCGCAGUAUGAGGCCGCCCUGCUGAAGAUCUACGGCCGCCUGCUGCAGCACAAUCCGGCGCUCGCGAGCGAGGCGAGCGUUGUUGAAUGCGGACCGCUGCCCAUGCACAGCUUAGGCUCUCUGUCGUAUGCGGUGUCGGAGGACUUCCAACGGGCCUAUCUGGACCUCCUAUCAUCUCAUGGCGCCGACCCCACCGCAGCAGACAACCGCGGCCGGACGCCACUCGCUUGGGCCGUGAUCGGCCGCGCGCCUGUUGUGGUGGAUUGGCUGUGUGGGAGGGUAGGGCAGAACCUCUAUAAGAGCCACGCCGACUGGGAUUCGCCACUGGGGCUCGCGGGCGAGUGUCUGAGUGAGGCCUUGAAGAGCAAGCCCCCCCGGGAGGGAGCAGUCGAGAAGCAGAAGCAGGUGAUCCGGACACUGCUCGACCACGGAGCGUCCAUUGCGUCACUCCCGUCUUCCACACCAAAGGCGCGCCAUACACGAAGGCUCGUGCUGGACAUCCAAAAGGAGAUGCAGCGCAGCCAGCCGUCGAAUGCCCUUCCACCGCCACAGAAACAGCAGGAUGGUCCGGAGGGUGGCAGCAGUGAUGCCGCUACGGCUGCCAAGAUGGCCGCUGAGCUCAUCAAGGAGGAGGAGAGAGAGAAAGCCAAGAAGGCCAAAAAGGGCGGCAAGAAGGGCAGCAACCAACGCCAGCAGCACCGGCACCAGCAGCAGGUUUCGGGCUGUGAGGCGAUUGAGGAAGACGACGGGCCGUCGGUGCCGUCGACAGCACCGGGCAGCAGGUGGGUGGGCUUGGUUGCAUGAAGGGGGAAGCUGGGUGGGCUGUCCUUCAAUUGUGCCGUCUGUGCGUGUGUCAUGAAUCAUCAGUGUGGCCACUGGUGCCGUCAACAGCGAUGCGGAAGAUCAGCCGCCAUCCACUUCAUCUGCUGACCCUCAUAGGUAGACGAAGACACACAUCAACACACACGCGAUGGCUGUGGUCUUUCUCAAGGCGGUUCUGUCCCCUGUGUGUGUUGUGUGUGUGUCUGCAGUGGCGGCACUUCAUCAUCGUGUGAUCGUGGGCCAGCGACCCCCGCCCCCCUGCCGGCCGAUUCCGAGAGCGAUGAAGAUUCGUUCCCGUCGUGAGAGCAAGGAAGAAGACCAAGAAGAAAGACAUCAAUACGCCCCAGCACAUACCACUCACUCAAACACAGACAACCAAGUAAGUAGCUUUCACACACACACAUGGCUGGCUGCUCUAUUGGUGCAUAAUGUGUGGUCUUUGCCUUUCUGUGUCUGCGUGUGUUGUGCAGCAUUGGUGUUCGGCCCUUUUCCUCGUCUGCUGCUCGGCCCCCUGCCGGCCGUGGGCUGGGGGGCAACACACCCACCCCAACACGCACACACCGGUAGACACACCGACUCACACACACAGGGGGGUGUGGUGUCGAGUGGCUGGCUGGAAUCAUGUAAGCCUGUCAUGUGUGUGUCAGCGGGCCCCCACCCCUCGUCCCGAUAGCCACUGUGCGGCCGUCAGUCAGCUGCUCUGCGCUGCCCCCCCGACCGCAGCACCCCCCCGCCCCCCGCAGGUCUGGCUUUGCGUCAGGACGCCUCUCGACCAGCAGCAUCUGUCAGUGUGUCUCUGCCGUCCCCUCCCCCGCCACAGUCGACCCCUAUCGCCAAACGGCCAUUCCUGUCAGCCACUGGCAGCUCUCACGCACUCAAUGCACAGACAGGGCGGCAGUGCGAGGGAGAGGGCGGACUGGGGAGGGGCAAUCCCGCCGCUGGUGCUGCUGCUGGGCCAGACCGUGACAGCGAGCAUCUGGUGGAUACACUAUGCCAGCAAUUGGAGCAGACACAGCGAGAGGCCAGAGAGGCCAAGCGCAACGAGGAGGUGCUGACACGGCAGCUGCAAGAGGCCCAAUGGAAGUGAGCUUAUCGACAUCGGGCCUUCACCUGUACUCAUGUGUAAAUGUCGUGUUACGCUUGUGCAGGCUUGCCCAGAUGAGUACCCACCAGCAGCAGCGGCAGCGAGAGCAGCAGCCAGCUGGGGGAGAGGUAGGGGCUUGCGAUCUCUGCUUCGACGCGCCCGCAUCGGUCAUGUACAUGCCCUGCAAGCACCUGCGACUCUGCCUUCACUGCUACGAGGAACGCAGGCACACGUGGCAGCGGGACCUCGACCAAGUGCGGACGGAGAACACACGGCGGCGUGCCGAGAACGAGGAAGCCAAGAGGAAGAACGAGAGCCGCAGCAGGGAGAAACAGAUUCCUAUGGCAAAGCUACUGGAGGAGCCCGAGUACCUGUGCGAGCACUGCAAGGAGAAGGUGGUGUUCGCCGGCUCGCGCGAGGAGGUGCUGCGGUGGGCGGCGGAGGCCUUCACCUCCACCACUGAGAGAUAG